AUGAUGACCUUGAACUAUCACCUCUGUCGUAAGAGACAGCCGAGUCCCAUCCUCACAUUACGUCUAUUAGUCUUUGUCCUCUUUCCGACAACCCCUGCUCUCAGCAUCAACUCUAGUUUAUCGACCCUUCUUGGUGAUUCCCUUGGCGUGAAUUGCCGCGGCAGCGUCCUUUGUCCCGCAUACCUAGAGGCCUUCCCACCAGACUACAUAGGCACAUUCAUCAAGAUCACCAGUGGCAGUAUCACCGACUGUCCCCCAGACUUCUUGUGUGGUCCCAUGAAUGACACGGAUAUUUACUUGCCAAACGAUCAUAUCGUGUGCCUUCCAAUCGGACGAUCUUUCCUGGGUGGCAUCUGCGCGUUCACACAAGGAAACAACUUGCCCACGACAGGGGUAGAUGGAGCUCUUAUCAAGCGUAAGCUGCAAGAGCUCAGAGGCCAUGGGUGUCAUGUCUGUGGGAGCGUGCCGUUGAGUGGAGAUAAUGAUCCGAGCAAGGAAGGAAUCUUGACGGUGAACUAUAUUGGUGGACUAGCUUGUAAGGGGCUGUGCCCGUCGAAGCACUAUACAGCGUUGUUGCAACUCGCUGCCAAUAUGUCUUGGCUAGGUGUAAUAAAUAGCACGCUUUUCGAGUCGUAG